GUGCCAAACCGAGACAGCUACAUCGUACACCGAAACGCGCCACCGGCCAGAGCGAGCACGCGAGAGCAACAGAAAAGCGAGAAAAAACAGGGAGAAAAAUAAAAUUUCAGCAGCAGCAGCAGCAACCAGCGCCAGCUCCGUUCGUUUGCGUCUCGGCUGUGUACACGCGCGACUUACCAAAAAGUUCUAGCUGAGUGAGAGUGCGGUACUGGAAAACCUUCCCCUGCGAUAACAACCCUCCCCCCGGCGUGUUUUUCCCAACCCUUCUGCUCGAAAAGUCCUUCCGAAGUGUGUAUGCCUCUCUCCGGGUGCUGCGUGUGCGUAUGAGUGUAUGUGGCCGCGCGCUUUUUAGACGAAACGCGGUGCGGUUGUGCAGCAGUGUGUGAAUCCGUGCAAACGCCGGUGGUGCAUCGGGCGGUCACUCUGAAUACCCACCUACCACCCACUCUGAGACCUACGGCAGUGGUCGUUGUGUGUUUGUGCGCGCGUGUAUUUUGGUGGAAAAUCCGUUAAAAGAAAAACCGCGUAGUGAUAACAAAGCGAUCGGAAGAAAACACAGCCUACUUGACCUGAGUGUUUGUUCACAAAAUAUUACGAAGUGCGUAACAGUGUGUGAGUGUGCGUGAAAGUGCAUGCAGGUUGCAGCCACCAACAGUGAAGGAAGACAGAGGCAACCCAAGAAGAAGGAAGACAAACGAACGCCACGACGCAACACGGCACUGGCUUCGCAGUUUCACGUCCACGCGUAAUCUAAUCCCGAUCUUUUGGGGCCAAGACGACAAGAGUGUGAAGUUUGUGUUCAUUGUGCGGCAGGACACUCGGACAACGACGACGCUGCCUCAGAGCCGUGACAGCCGGACCGGGAACCGACGGGGGCGAAACAAAACGUUGGUUAUUCUUUUCUAAUUAAGAAAUUGAAAAGUGUAACGCCACCGCCCAAGCGAGAGGCAGUACACAACGCAACACAUAAACCUCAUUAAAAGACAACAAACACUGCGCGGCACAGAAGAGCGUUACGAAGAAGCGAAUCGAAGCGCUACAAGACGCGCAAUCACUAGUCAGAAGGGAGGUGCUUUAAUCAUCUCUAUUUGUGCGCUGAAAACCACCGAGCCUAACCGCCGGUCACUUGUCCGCUAUUUGCGAUUUGGAAAAAUAACCUCAUUCGGCGCUAAAGCGGAAGCAGCAGCAGAGCCCGAGAACCGAACGCAAGUGAAGAUAAAUUUAUUUUCUUCCUCGUCGAGCACAGGCCUGGUAGGUCCGUGCCGUCGCUAGCAAAGCGAAGCAGAAGAAGACGCCCCGAUCCAUCGUCCGAUCCCGUUCGUCCCGGGAGAGUGUUCAUCGUACGGCACCCAAAGCCAUCCUCAACCAUCCCCCCUUCCCACCCCAUCAAACACAGACAGAAUGGGCAAGCAAAACAGCAAACUGAAGCCGGAGGUGCUGGAGGACCUGAAGCAGAACACAGAAUUCUCAGAUGCUGAGAUACAAGAAUGGUACAAAGGCUUCCUGAAAGACUGCCCGAGCGGUCAUCUGUCGGUGGAGGAGUUUAAGAAAAUUUAUGGCAACUUCUUCCCCUACGGCGACGCCAGCAAGUUCGCCGAGCACGUGUUUCGGACGUUCGACGCCAACGGUGACGGUACGAUCGACUUCCGGGAGUUCCUGUGUGCGCUGAGCGUUACGUCGCGCGGCAAGCUAGAGCAGAAGCUGAAAUGGGCAUUCUCCAUGUACGAUCUGGACGGCAACGGAUACAUCUCCCGACAGGAAAUGCUGGAAAUUGUAACCGCCAUCUACAAAAUGGUCGGCUCGGUGAUGAAGAUGCCCGAGGACGAAAGCACACCGGAGAAGCGGACGGACAAAAUCUUCCGCCAGAUGGACCGCAACAAGGACGGCAAGCUGAGCCUGGAGGAGUUCAUCGAGGGAGCGAAGAGUGAUCCGUCGAUCGUGCGGCUGUUGCAAUGUGAUCCGCAGGCGCAGUGAGCAAUUCCAUGCCCCGAACCAGCUCCCCCAACAUCACACAUCACUAAGGCACAACCGUGCACCUGAGCAACACGAAACACACACAGACACACAGAGAGAUGCGCUUGCAGCAGACAACAGCAAAAUACCACACAGAAUAACGCAAAAACUUCCAAACACGUCUUACAAACAACACGUCUUGUACACAAACAAACAAAACAACAAGUACAUAUAUAGAUACAUACAAGCAUAUGCAAAAUGCCCUAUAAUUUUUCCUUACACACUCAAACCCUUAACGUUUAAAAAGCAUUAUAAUGUACGAGUUGAUGUGAAUCAAAACAGGCUGAACAGCAGAGCAAAGCAGAGCAAAACAUCGCACGCAAAAAAACAAAACCUAACACUAAAACUCCAUCAAAAUUCCUCAAACGUUUGAAAUUAUAUUGUAAAUUUUGAGAUAAACGGAAGCACACGGCAUAAAAGGGCAUCUCGGCUGUUCAAGAGCGAACAGAAAUUGUGGAUGAUAAUUCGUAGUGGAAAGGAAAAACAGAUUAUUAAUAAUUGCGAGGUUGGAGGAGGAAGGUUAACUAUUUUAAAACAAAAACGCAGCAGCAAUUGUAACACGGCAUUACGCGGCUGCGACCGAUAAUCGAUUUAGAAGAAGAAGAGAAAAAAAAACAACGCCAGCAAGUCGAUAGCAAACGUUUAUCCCCAUUUCUUUCGUACUUCUCUUGACCGAGUGUUUUAUCUGUCGUCCUGCCGUGCGUGUGUGCGAUUUGAUCGCGUUAGCAGAAAGAUGAGGAAGAUGAAAGAUGGAAAAGGAUUGCAUAUAAAAUUUAUAGUGAAACUCGUUACAUACUUACUUAAAGCAACUUAAAGAAAGCAAAGCGUUCGCCCUUGCUAUAAUUUUUGAAACCCUUUCAAUUUCUAUUUGAAGCAUGAUAUUUAAACCAUAUUUAAAUCUCUUCAAAAUGCUAUCUGCCUAAUUCGAUAUUUAAAUACAUUUCCUUUGUCCACGACUCUAUCUCUCAAUCUCUCGAUUGGCUUCAUUGAGGGUAGAAACGAGCUUGCUCUAUUUUCUUAUCUGUUUUUUCGAUAAUCUCAGGAUUCACUAAUUUCAAAUGCACACAAUAUAGGUUAUAGGUCUUUAAUUUAAUUAUCAAAUUGUAUCACCAUCACGUGCCACCCGAAUCGAAAUCACACAAAAACCACACAAACACUAGGAGGAUCAGAAGAGAACGAGCGUCGUCUCGUAUUUUUCCCCUCCGUUGCUCGCUUGGCUCUCUGUGUUUCUGUGGAUGCUUUCUUCGGAAUUGAGUUGAGCCAAUGGCUGGAAGGGGUUUGGGACUUUGAACAGCAAUGUGGUUCAAAUGUAAAUGCAGCUCCAGACAUUGCAUUGCCCGGUCCACAGUUUUAAAGUCCUCUACCUCUUCCUGUGCUGAGUCUUGCGCUAGCUUGGGAAUAUCUCAACUCAACCCUCAAUGAUUAUUGAUCGGCAAAAGCACCACAAAACGGAACAGAACGAGCAUUAAAAGCGUCUAAGGAAUCAACAACACACUCCAUCACACACGAGGACACACACACACGCCACGCAAACACUGUUCAAACAAACACUCAAAUACCCUGCUCCUAUGCUAUCAACAGAGAAACACAACAGAUAAAUGGAAUUUAUCGCUGCCUCCGCGAACUCACCUAGCAAAACAAAACCGCGCCCGACGGAUCGAAAGCCCCGGGAUGGUGUGAGAACGCUCAAGCCAUUCACUCACUCACUCACUCACUCACUGAAGCAGCUCAGUAGAGCUGUGCAGCGUUAAAAGCGUACAACUGUCCCAAAACUCGCAGAAAUCGAAUCAAACUGUGCAGCAGACGAAAAACAAACACCAUAGCUCUUACAGCUAAGCCUAUAGCUCUGCGUAGCGACCGAUAGCUCGGAACUGUACGGAAUUGACUGCUACCAUUUUGUGUGUGCGUGUAUUGUAUCGAACUGUGUGCGUGCUGGCUGGCGAGUGACGAACGCCUGAACUAAUAAUGCCAUUUCGAAAAACAAGGCCGAGCGCAACUCGAUUCGAGCGCAAACACGUUGAUCUUCCGAUUUUAGUAAAGUGAACACGAUGAUAAUGGUUUUGAUAACACACACAGUCGAAAAUAAGUCGAAACAGUUUGUAGCUGCAGAUUGCUACUUCCUGGUCCCUCUUCUUGUAAGGCUUGUAUUGAAGGUUACUUACGCGUGUGCCGGCGUUUCAUCCUCCUUUGAUUCAUCCCAGUCACUCACGCGCACAGAAAGCCAGAAACACCGUGAGCGACUGAGGGCCAAUUUAAAUACUAUUAUAAUAAUUGUUAUCAUUAAACACUCUGUUGCUUCUCUUUUGCCUGCACAUUAUUUAUUAUUGUUAGUCACGUUUACGUUGACCGUAUGCGGUGUUUUGUGCGAUGCGAUUUCACUUAAUCUGUUUCCUAUUUUUUUCUCAAAUUUAUAUGUAUUUGUGGAUUGUUUCUUUGCGCAUUGUACACAAUAUGUAUGUGUUUAAUCAUUGAUCGUCCCGUUUGAAAUUUUCUACCGCUAAAUGUCAAAUUAGCAAGCUUUAACCCGUUAGACGAGCCCCAAUUAUUUUUUAAGUACCUUAUUUUCUUUUCAUUAUUUUCUGCACCGUAAAAGAAAAGCCGAUUUCGAUAUUACAAUUGCUGAUAGUGGCGUUAAAUAUUUAAACUGCACAGAUCUGACAAAAGCACCCGAUGGAGCCGAGAACGGGAAGGACGGAUGGUUUUAUGACGAAUUUAUGACUUUAUCCACACGUGUAAUCUCUUUUUUAAAUAUCUCUCUCUCUCUUUCUUUUGCUCUAUCCUUCAAACAGAAGUAGUCACUGUAAUGUUUUGUUCGGUUUCGCCUGUAUGCCACUCCCAGCCAUAUAGACACGCGGUUACUUUAAAAGAAACAAAUAACAACACGGGAAUAAAAACGCAGCAAAUGACACACGGUUAAAUGAUGGCAAAAGCCCUCCCCCACCCAACUUCCGAUGUGCAGAACAAAACACAAAACCAAACCAACCAAGAAACAGUGUUUUCAGGGGAGAGGGACGAAUAACGAAUUGAUGGUACACGAUCGUAAAUUUAAGUUUGUACAGUACUCUUUUGAUUAUUAUACAUUAAAUCUUUUUAUUUUAUUUAAAGCGUCCUUGCUGCUGUUUGUCUCUUUUUUUCGCGCUUGUUGCUGUGAAACUUUUAUUUUUACUGCUGUGAAGAAUGAAAGAAAUUUGGAUUCGUUUGUUUUACUGCUUUUCAGAUUUUUUUUUAUUAGCGUACUUAUUAGUUGUAAAGAAUUGUACUUAAGUGAAGGAAGGAAACGAAAUGGGCAUGUACUUACUAUAUUUCCUAGAUAGUGUUCUUAAUGCGUGAGAUAAGGAAGUUGCAUUCUAUCUUCGACGCCUAAAUCCUAUACCCGUUAGUUGAGUUGUUCUAGUUAGUGGCCUCAUUGUAAUCAGUAGCACUUUUUCGGACUAGCUCUGUCUCUCUAUCUCUGUCCUCUUUGAACAAAACCACGUUGUUAUAAACACGAACAUUAGAAUCUCUAUUUCGAAGCAUGGUGAAACGGAAAAAAGGCAACAUAAAACAAAACCCAUUUACGUAGAGCUUUUACAUUAUCACAUAUCGAUACCAUACGUACCGCGUGUUUUUCCGAGUGUUCCUCUCUAUCUUCUAAACUUACUAGUCUCUUAACCAGGCUCGCGUUUCAAGGCAGUUUUAAUCAUCGUAGAAAGGUGGAACUAGUUUUUUAAAACGCCUUUCCGUUCAGUGUCCGAAUAUCUUGACUGUCGACCACAUAUUUGGUUAGACUUUCGAAAAAACGACCUUUUAACAUCUCUCUUUAAGCCUUUACGAAAUUGAUUGUAUCUCUCCAAAACGAAAUUUUAAAUCCAAAUUUGGAAUGCUCAGCCUAUGGAACGCUCAGCUAGGCUUCAGUACGUGUGGAAUGAUUUUCAAACGAUUGCUUAUGCCGCAACUUUUUCACCGGGGAUUUUUAUUCUUUCGACGAAAAAAGCUAUCACCUGGUGGAAAAGGUUCGCACAAACUGUUCAGAAAAUUAGCUGAGGAUCAUUCCACCGGUACUGAAAUCAGUGGGGAUUAACCAACGCUUGAGGUUCUAUCCAGUAAAAUCCUUGCUUGUUUUUUAAAACAAUAAUGAUGAUUCACUCAUUGAAACCAGCAACAAAAAUUAACAAAACACAGAAGACAGUAGUGGUAAACAGCAAAAGCGUCUUACGAUCGAAAGGGGCGUACGAAAAUAACCAAAUAGACAAAAGGGUAUUUGAAUGUGGUUUUGGGGGCUGACGUUUGGAAUUACAUUUUGUCGCGAGAGCAAAGGUUAAGUAUUUAAAUGUAAGACAUACAAUUGAAUUGAAUGUACCUCCAGAUAUGCAGCUGCGGUAACGAAAAGCUAAGCGAUUUGGCGUCGUAACACGGUCGCUCCAUCAGCCUAAGAGAAACAGAAAGCUAGGAUCAAUAAUCAAUGUAGAACUAAUAUGGUCCCGGGAGAUGGAGAAGCGCAAAAGAAGUAAGCCUAAGAUGAAGUAAAUUAUUAACAUAAAAAACAAGGAUAUUAUUAAAAUUAUGAUUGAACAAAACAAACAAACAAACAAAAGGCAUACAUAAUAAGGCAAACGAUUAUGGUAAUUACACUAUUUAACAAACACAACUCUGUGACAUUUGAUUGAUGUUUUAGGACACAAGGAUGCAAGGAUGUUUAGCAUUGUAAGCAUUGUAAGCGAGCUGCAGAAACACCUUUAAAACCAACUAUUAUCUCAGCAUUCACUUCUACAAAAGCAAAAAAAUACACGGGCACACAUGGCUAGUUUGAUUGCGGCUGAAACACGCCCCAUCACAAAAAGGGAUUAAGUAACUGAGCCAAGGGAAAGAAGCGCCCUCCAGCAGAUACCGCCGGAUGAAUUGUUAAUAUAUCCCCACAACACACGGCAUGACCGGAAAUCAGGUACGGAAAACGAACAGCACCACUUCGUUUGAGGCAAACAAUGGGCUAAACAAACAAACAAAAAAACGUUAGCAAAAGCAAAACAAAUAUAUACAUAUAUACACAAACUAAAAACAAAGAGAGAAUUUAACGUAAUAAGAAAAUAAAACAGAUAGAGAAGAUUACAACUGAAAAUAGAUAAGAACAAACAAGCAGGCACACAGGCACACGUGCACACCGAUCGCACAAACGCGCGUGCAACUCACCUACAGCCUGCGUAAAGAGGAACGCUUCUUCGUGUUGGUGUGAGUGUAUGUUCGUGUGAGUACGUGUGCGUGCGUGUGUGUGAAUGCAUUUAGAUAGUAUUUUGGAAGUAACAUUAGUAGGCAGCGAGGCUCAUCCAUAGAAUGGUAACCAUGACAGCAGGGCUACGAAAUGGGCCGAAGCGAAGCAGAUGGAGACAAUUGAUUAUCAAGGCAGGCAGGCGAGAGCGAGAUACACAACUACCUGAUUUAUGGAGUGCACCACUGGCAGCUGUUGGCAGAACUGCAUCAUUCUAUAUAGUUUAUAUUAUCCGAUCCAGUGAGUGCAGCAUUUUAGAGCGGGAAUCACUCGGAACUACUUGAACAAGGAGGUAGGAAGAACGUGGCCGAAUGAAAAUAAGUUUAAGGUGUAUAUUUUUGUAGGCUGGAAGAGCCUGCCGUUCUCACUAUCUGCUCAUUACAAUUUAGUAAUCUUUUAAAAAAAAACAACAAGAGGUGAAUCAUUUAAACAUAAAAGUUAAGUUACUGUAAGUGAGUUAUUUUAUCGUUCGGUUUUUGUUUUUCGUUUGUAAUUUACUUUCUCGUACUCUUUCACGUACAUAAACUUCACUUGUUAGAUAGAUAGGCGAACGACAUUAAAGUACUAUACUCUUGAACUCCAUAGUGUAUACUACUACUAAGCCAGAUCGAACGCUGUUGUUGAAGCUCGAAGGAAUUUUGGGCUGGCUGUGACGAUCGCGCAGCAGCCAUCGGAUUUCCGCCAUUUUAGACAUGGCUACUCUUACCGUAGUAGAAGUAGCAGUACUACCCUUUCGCCCCAGGUCCCUUUCUCUCUAAACUCCCCCUGUUCCCAGUUGCGGGCUGCGUUGAUGCUUAUGGCCCACCGAAAUGGUACUAGACACAUCCAGCUAGAGGCUCCAAUAUUCCACAACAUAUUAACAAACACAUUAAAAGGACAAAAUAAAUCUCUUUCUCUCACUCUAUCUCUCUCUAUCUCUUUCUAAUCAGUCAUCUUUGCAUGACAAGAGUGUUAGUAGCGCGUAGUGCAAACCUUUCGACAUUUAUCGUACGCUACGAUAAGAAAAAAAACAAAACCCAGCUCCAGAGCAGAAAACGACAGAAAAUUUGAAAGCAAAAAUAAAGUUAAUCCACCAUUUUCCGCGAUAGCGCGGUCCGAUUCUGAACGACGGCGGGAAUGGCGAUCUGUAAGGAAGGUUAAUUGUAGCGUUAAAGAAACACAAGCAGAUCUUUAAAUCGAUAAUAUCCACCCCUUUUUGAUGCACAACCAAUCGUUUUACCACUACAUUUUACCUGUUUCUCCAUUUAUUGUUCCACAACGGGAGAAGAAUAAAACGUUUAGUCUUAGCAUUAAUACAGUGCACCGGGCGUGUGGAUCGGUGGAAACACACAGAACACACACACACGCACACACAAAAACGACAAAUAAAUCAAACGCAAAUGGAUACCUUUUUGAAGCUAAAACAAAACACAAAGUAAACGAACGAAAAAGCAAAACCACACGCGAGUCACACGUCAAACGAUAUAAUCCCGUCUUAAUGGACUUAGUGAUUUAGUGAAGCAACACAAA